UCCAUAACAUGGCUCAGACUUCAAAGGCUAAAAGAGUCCCACAAAACCAGCACAAAGGUAUACUAUGAGGGUUCUCAAGGUUUCUAUGUUGCCUAAAGGAACCAAAAUUGAUAAAACCAAAGAGUAUUAAUAAAUAAAGAUCUUGAAAUAUUUACAAAUAAUCUAUCAAAUGCUUUUGAAGAAGAUGGCAUUUGAAGUAAAGAUUACAUGAAAUGAGAAACCCCCGAAGGCAGACAUAAUUCAAUUAAAAUGGCUUCUAUUCAAGUCAAUAGCAAGUCAAAAUGAAAUGUGCCAUCAUCAUUUUAUAUGAACAAUAAGAAGAAUCAGAAAAACCCAUCUGAGCAAGAAAGUAGUUUUAGCCAAAGUAUUUCAUCUCCUCAAAAAAUUUCAUCAAGAUUGUCUUCCAGAGUAGUGAAGAAGUCUUCAAGCAGGUUCAAAUCACCAUUAUUAAAAUAAUGAAUCAAAAACCUCAGAAAGCUCUCCUAUGACCCAAUGCUUAUGAUCUAAAACCCUAAAAUGUGAAGAUACAAAAACAUUUAAAGCGAAGGAUGACGUCCAAGAAGGGGGACAUGACUAUCUUCCUGCCACAAUCAUUCACAAAAUUCCAAGUGACUUCAAACAAAAGAAUACUUAUACCAAAGCCCUACUCCAAAGCUUUAAGAAGGAAGCUCAUAAUUCAAUGUAUCCCACAAAAAAAAAGAAGACGAACAGUCAGAAAAGAGCAUUUAGAAGGAUAGCCUUGCCAAAGAAUUCCAGAUCAUACUCAUGGAUGGAUAUGCAGGAAGAAAACCCUAUCUGGCCUGAUUUUGAAUCAGGGGUCGAAGAUGAGGUCUGCUGAUUCGAUCAAUCUUUCCAAGGGAAUGGUGGAAAACUCUUCAAAAUCCCACAAAACCCAAAGCCUAAAUCUGUACUUCAGCAAUCAAUUAAAAUCCCAGAAGAGCUGGUCAACAUAGACGAAGCCUAUUCCAAAGUUGUGUGGUAAAUCCAAAGAAAGUAGACAUACCUAGUUAAUACUCACAUUUCA